UCGGCGAAGCUGCACGCGAGUGUGUGAACUGACCUUUAUAUUCCCGCGCACCACACUGUUCUGAUCACAAACUGAUAAAAAAGUGAAAUUUUAGUUUAGUUUUCUUUAUGACUUGUGUAGUGAUGUGACCACGGAGGAAGUUUUUGUGUGAAGUUGGGCCAAUCAGGAUCGCGAUUGUUUAUAACACAAUAAUAAAACAAUAGAAUGCCAAGAGUAAAGAAGCGCAGACACCACAAGAAAUACAAAGUGCGGUGAAGAAUGUCCAAGCAGUAAGCAUGCUCGAGGAGGGCAGCCGCGACCUGUCCAAGCGCGCGUACUCCAAGGACGCGUUCACUGACGAACCCAAAUGCUGCUUCUCCAGACCCGGCCUCGACGAUACCAAGGUCUUCUGUUGUCGCUGCGCCCACAAACGAAGAGCCUCCCCCCUAACAUGCCUGGCAAUAUGCUUCCUCGUACUAACCUACAACCUCCUAGGAGGCUUCCUCUUCCUAGCAAUAGAAGGCAACACCGUCACGGAAGAAACAGCCGUAGCAGCAUCAAAACCAAACUUAAGCCAACCCCAAAGCAUCAGCUCCGAUCUCCGAUCAAAGACCGUGGAAAGACUCUGGUCUAUAACUGAAGAUCUGAAUAUUUUGUACAAAGAGAACUGGACCAAAUUGGCCGCAAAAGAGCUGAUGGACUUUCAAAAGGUUCUCAUAAAGACUAUAAAGGGAGGAGUGGCGAUAGAGAAUAGACCGUCGUAUGAUUACGAGGGAGAUUACAGGUGGACGUUUUCCAGUAGCUUUUUGUACGCGUUGACACUUAUUACUACUAUAGGUCACGGCAACAUAGCGCCACAAUCAUCAGUGGGCAAGAUCGUCGCGGUGUUGUAUGCCUGCGUCGGCAUCCCAAUCAUUAUGCUGUACCUGUCCACCAUCGGGGAGGCUUUGGCGAGGAACUUCCGUGUCCUCUACUCCAAGCUGUGCCCCUCCACCCUCAACGCCGGCGGUUUCCAUUCCAAGGCCGACUGUCUCAGCCGGUACAACCAUGAAACCGAGCGCAAGUUCAGUGACUGUGAUAAAAAAGACUACGACAGACAAAGACGAACCCCGUUCCAGGCAGCGCUAAAUUUGGACAGUUUCAGUGGCGGUUAUCAUUGGACGUGUCGCAACCACACGCGAGUGCCCAUUGUACUAAGUCUCCUCCUCAUAGCUCUGUACAUAGCGUUAGGGACUGUCGUGUUUCACACAACUGAAAAAUGGAGCUUUAUAGACGGUUACUACUUCUCAUUCUCCAGUCUCGCCACAAUCGGAUUUGGGAACUUAAAACCUGGAUUGUACGCGAGCACAGUGUCUGCUAAAGCAGAAGACAUAGCUGUUGGAGUGUGUUGUAUUUAUAUUUUAGUCGGCAUCGUUGUCAUUGCCAUGUGUUUUAAUUUAAUUCAAGAAGAUGUGAGUUCUAUUGUAAGAAGUUUUACCGCUCUUUGUACAGGGGGUUCGAAAUCCCGCGCGGUGCAUAGUGUAGAGAAAAUUUGCGAUGAUAAGAUUGCUAUGUCUGUAGUGUCCUGACAUAGGGAAACGACUGACUCUGGCCCGUCAGUCGCGUUCAACUGCCAGGAGAAACGGCAGCAGGUGACGUUUAAAAUAGACAGUCUUAACCCGACAAAAUUCAAUAGUCUCCCGCGGCGAAAGUCGUCCAAUUUUGGUGAAGAGGGUUUCCAA